CUCGCACAAUAUCAACUUUCGAUCCUAAGAAAUGGAGGACAACUGUGUCAUCUGACUUCGACUAUGAUUAUAAAAUUAUAUUAGUGAUUUUUACUAAAUAAAUAGAGGACGACUUCCUACGUUGAAGACUAAUUCAUCUAACAAGGCUUCAUUGCCAUGGCAUCCCACAAUUCCCAUAGCAUUAGUAUUUUCAUUCAUCUCUUCAUUUUAGUUUGCCUUACCAUGACCAUCGCUGCUACCACUAGUCCAGAUUUGCAUAAAAGGAGAGAUCAUUUGAAUGUAUACAACCGUAGAUACGAAGGAGACGAGACGACGAUUAGCCCUUCGACUCUUUCUAAUCUACGUCUCAAAUUGGAAUCAUAUGCUGGUAUAGAUAGGGCAACAACCGUAAUACCGGCAAUAUUCAAUGGAACACUUUAUUAUCCAAGCUGGGAUGGAUAUCUCUAUGCAGUAAAAGUUUAUGAUGGUUCUGUUAUUUGGAAAAAGAAUCUGGAAGAACUUCUCUGCGGCCUUAAAUCCGAUACAUUGAGGCACGUUCUUAAUGCGAACAGGACAAUAUCUUUAGCAACUCCAACAGUUGUGGGUGAUAUCCUAAUUGUUGGAACAUAUGGACCGGCUUUUGUUUUUGCCGUCGAUCGAGGAACGGGCGAUCUCAUCUGGUCUACACAGGUUGACAGCCAUCCUGCCAGUGUUAUUUCGAUGUCUGGGACAUAUUACAAUGAAGCAUUUUAUGUUGGAACAUCUUCGAUCGAAGAAGGCUUAAAUGUCAAGAAUUGCUGCAUCAUUUUAGUUUGCCUUACCAUGACCAUCGCUGCUACCACUAGUCCAGAUUUGCAUAAAAGGAGAGAUCAUUUGAAUGUAUACAACCGUAGAUACGAAGGAGACGAGACGACGAUUAGCCCUUCGACUCUUUCUAAUCUACGUCUCAAAUUGGAAUCAUAUGCUGGUAUAGAUAGGGCAACAACCGUAAUACCGGCAAUAUUCAAUGGAACACUUUAUUAUCCAAGCUGGGAUGGAUAUCUCUAUGCAGUAAAAGUUUAUGAUGGUUCUGUUAUUUGGAAAAAGAAUCUGGAAGAACUUCUCUGCGGCCUUAAAUCCGAUACAUUGAGGCACGUUCUUAAUGCGAACAGGACAAUAUCUUUAGCAACUCCAACAGUUGUGGGUUGA